GCCAAUCGAACUUGGCAUCGCCCCGAGGUGGACCCCAAGCUUCAAGCAACACCGAUCUAAUUCCGGCUCAGCCACCAACAUGGAGUCAGGAACAGGCAAUCAGAGGAUCAACACUGCCAUGGAAGCAGAGACGCUAUCACGCUAACCCGUGGGGGCGGAACCCCCUGAAUUUGCGACCGAGGAUUUAAUCGCGAUCAUCUUCGCUCUUCUCAAGGUCAGUCAAUCGGACAAAAUUCAACUCCGUCGUGCUAUCGUCAUGAGACCGUACGCUGUUGCCCUCCUCGCUGCGCCCGCGCUUGCCGCGCAUCGCACCGCCCGCGACGCGAUCGAGAGCAUCUGCACCAAGAACAACAUCAUCACCACCGACGACUUCAUCCUCUACAACAACCUCUGGGGCGAGGACUACGCCACCUCCGGCUCGGAGUGCACCUACCUCGACUACGUGAGCGGCAACUCCAUCUCGUGGCAGACCUCGUGGACCUGGGCCGGCGGCGCCGACUACGUCAAGAGCUACCCCAACGCGGUGCUGAACGUCGGCGCGAAGCAACUCAGCUCCAUCACCAGCAUCCCCACUACGUGGUCGUGGAGCUACACCGGCACCGACCUCAAAGCCGACGUCUCCUACGACGCCUUCUUCUCCACCACCGCCUCCACGACCGCCACCCACGAGUACGAGGUCAUGGUCUGGCUGGGCGUGUACGGCGGCAUCGAGCCGAUCGGCAACGCGGACGGUCCGAUCGCCAGCCCGACCAUCGGCGGCCGCGUGUGGGAUCUGUACAAGGGCCCCAAUGACUGGACCGUCUUCAGCUUCGUGGCCCGUGAGAAUGUCCAGGACUACUCCGGCGAUAUCAUGGACUUUUUCAACUAUCUGAUCGACAACGAGGGCGUCUCGUCGAGUCUGUACCUCCAGACGCUUGGGGCGGGGACGGAGCCGAUGACGGGGUCGGAUGCGUGGUUUACUGUUGCGCCGUAUGAGAUUAGCAUCAACGCUUAGUAGGGUGGUUUGCGAGCUGCGCAGAGGGGAGAUGGAUAGUGGAAAGUGUGUAGAGUUGGUGGAUAUGCGAUAGCUCAACCGAUGUGAUAACUAUUCCUGCUGGCAAUCAAAAGAUAGUAUGCGAGCUGCGUAGAAGGGAGAUGGAUAGUGGAAAGUGUGUAGAGUACUGUUUGCCCGAUAACGAUCGAUGUGAUAGCUAUUGCCACUGGCAAUCGAAUGAUACUGUGCGGGAGAUUCCACGAUUGAGGAUGCGAGAUUGGG